GUUUAAUCAUUAAUAGUGAGCCCUUUGGUGAACUUAGGUUCUGAUUUUGGAGUUUGGAAUCUGACCUUUCCCUAAAGAUAAACAUUAUUGUCACAGGUUCUGAGGAGGGUCACUUCCUCACUGGCUGCCACGGAAGAGUCCUCUCCUCAGUGACUCCUAGCUUGGACCUGGAUGCAACAGGGGUAGCUGGUCACCAUGAUUCUCCUUGCUGUGCUUUUUCUCUGCUUCAUUUCCUCAUAUUCAGCUUCUGUUAAAGGUCACACAACUGGUCUCUCCUUAAAUAAUGACCGGCUGUACGAGCUCACGUACUCCGCUGAAGUUUUUCUUGAUCGGGGUAAAGGAAAACUGCAGGACAGCGUGGGCUACCAACUUUCAUCCAGUGUGGACGUCGUCUUACUGUGGAGGAAUCCCCAUGGUGACGAUGACCAACUGAUCCAAAUCACGAUAAAGGAUGUACGUGUUGAAAGUGUGAAUGAGCAGAGAGGAGACAAGAGCAUCUUCAAAGGAAAAAAUCCACCUGAAAUCUUCGGAAAGAAAAACUUAGAAGCUCUGCAAAGACCUGUACUCCUUCAUCUAGUCCACGGAAAGAUCAAAGAGUUCUACUCAUAUCAAAAUGAACCAGUGGCCAUACAAAAUCUCAAGAGAGGCCUGGCUAGCCUAUUUCAGACCCAGUUAAGCUCUGGAACUGCCAAUGAGGUAGACAUCUCUGGGGAUUGUAAAGUGACCUACCAGGCACAUCAAGACAAAGUGAUCAAAACGAAGGCCUUGGAUUCAUGCAAAAUAGCGAGGUCUGGAUUUACAAUCCCAAAUCAGGUCUUAGGGGUCAGCUCGAAAGCCUCAUUUGCCACCACCUAUAAGAUAGAAGACAGCUUUGUUGUAGCUGUGCUCGCAGAAGAAACACACAGUUUUGGGCUGAAUUUCCUACAAACCAUUUCAGGAAAAAUAGUAUCAAAGCAGAAAUUAGAGCUGAAGACCACCGAAGCAGGCCCAAGGCUGGUGUCUGGCAAGCAGGCUGCAGCCGUGGUUAAAGCAGUGGAUUCGAAGUACGUGGCCCUUCCCAUCGUGGGGCAGAUCUUCCAGAGCGAGUGCAGAAGGUGCCCGUCUCUCUUGGAGCACUGGCAUUCCAUCAGGACGCACCUGCAGCCGGCCAACCUCUCCGAGGCUGAGGCCGUCAGAAACUUCCUGGCCUUCGUUCAGCACCUCAGAACUGCAAAGAAAGAAGAGAUCCUCCAAGUCCUAAAGACAGAAAACAAGGAAGUACUACCUCAGCUGGUGGAUGCUGUCACCUCUGCUCAGACCCCAGACUCUUUAGAAGCCAUUUUGGACUUUUUGGAUUUCAAAAGUGACAAAAGUGUUAUCCUCCAGGAGAGGUUUCUCUAUGCCUGUGGAUUUGCCUCUCAUCCCAAUGAAGAACUCCUCAGAGCCCUCAUUAGUAAGUUCAAAGGUUCCUUUGGGAGCAAUGACGUCAGAGAAACUGUUAUGAUUGUCAUUGGGGCCCUGGUCAGGAAGCUGUGUCAGAACGAAGGCUGCAAACUCAAAGCAGUGGUUGAAGCUAAGAAGUUAAUCCUGAGAGGACUAGAAAAAACAGAGAACAAAAAGGAUAUCACGAUGUAUCUGCUGGCUCUGAAGAAUGCCCUGCUUCCAGAAGGAAUCCCACUUCUUUUGAAGUAUGCGGAAGCAGGAGAAGGGCCCAUCAGCCACCUUGCUGUUACUGCUCUCCAGAGAUACGACGUCCCUUUCAUAACUGAUGAGGUGAAGAAGACCUUGAACAGGAUAUACCACCAGAAUCGUAAAAUUCACGAGAAGACCGUGCGUACCACCGCAGCCGCUGUCAUUUUAAAUAACAAUCCGUCCUACAUGGAGGUCAAAAACAUCCUGCUGUCUAUUGGGGAGCUGCCCAAAGAAAUGAAUAAAUACAUGCUCGCCCUUGUUCAAGACAUCUUACGUUUUGAAAUGCCUGCAAGCAAAAUGGUCCGCCGGGUUCUGAAGGAAAUGGUCGCUCACAAUUAUGACCGGUUUUCUGGGACUGGGUCCUCUUCCGCCUACACUGGCUACAUACAACGUAAGCCCCAUUUGGCGUCUACUUACAGCCUGGACAUUCUUUACUCUGGUUCUGGCAUUCUGAGGAGAAGUAACCUCAACAUCUUCCAGUACAUCGGGAAAGCCGGUCUUCAUGGGAGCCAGGUGGUCAUUGAAGCCCAAGGGCUGGAGGCCUUAAUCGCAGCCACUCCCGACGAGGGGGAGGAGAACCUCGACUCCUACGCCGGCAUGUCAGCCAUCCUCUUCGACGUCCAGCUCAGACCUGUCACCUUUUUCAACGGAUACAGUGAUUUGAUGUCCAAAAUGCUUUCUGCAUCUGGCGACCCUGUCAGCGUGGUGAAAGGGCUCGUUCUGCUAAUAGAUCAUUCCCAGGAGCUUCAGUUGCAAUCAGGACUGAAGGCCAACAUAGAGGUCCAGGGUGGUCUGGCUAUUGAUAUCUCGGGUGCGAUGGAGUUUAGUCUGUGGUAUCGUGAGUCUAAAACCCGAGUGAAAAAUCGGGUGACCAUGGUAGUAAAUGGUGGGAUCACAGUGGACUCGUCCUUUGUGAAAGCUGGCCUGGAAACCAGCGCGGAAACAGAAGCAGGCCUGGAGUUCGUCUCCACGGUGCAGUUUUCUCAGUACCCGUUCUUGGUCUGCAUGCAGAUGGACAAGGAUGCCGCUCCGUUCAGGCAAUCGGAGACAAAGUACGAAAGGCUGUCCACAGGUAGAGGUUACGUCUCCCGGAGAAGAAAACAGCACCUGGUGGCGGGAUGUGAAUUCCCGCUCCACCAAGAGAACUCUGAGAUGUGCAGAGUGGUGUUUGCCCCGCAGCCGGAGGGCACUUCCAGCGGAUGGUUUUGAGACUGACCAGUGACAUUUCCUUGGAAUUUGUCUCCCCAAAGGGAUGCAACGUGACCUACCUAAGUACUUGCUCUCUGGGAGCACAGUGUUUACAUAUUUACCUGUAUUUAAGAUUUUUGUAAAAAGUUACGGAAAACUUCAAUUGAUCACAUUUGGGGCUAUUCAGUAUACUACCCACAGUGUCACUUUCAGUCAUCAUGUGACACCUUCAACCACAUUCUUUGUUUUCUUGUGCCUCUCUCAAGUCCCAUUUGGUGCAGUGAGAAUAGUUCUGCUCCAAGGGGAAACUAGUGUUUGUUGAAAACAAAAAUAAGACCACACACACUCAGGAGAACCCAAUUUUGUUUCAACAAUUUUCAGUGUAUAUGAAGCCCUUGAUAGGACUUGGAGCACGGCAAGGAAACCAAACCUGUUGCCUAAUCAGAAAAAAACAGGCCAUUUUUUUCUUUCUUUCUUUUUUUGUGGGGGCAGAAUUGGGGUUAUGGGGGGAGAGGGGACAAGACUUUUGUUAGCCAGCUCCAAGGGUUAAUAUUUAUGUCUUCCGUUAUUGUUAGUUUUAUCAAGCACUACGGUAGAAGACACACAGAAUUAAAACACACCGUCUCGUCUUUCUACUGACCAUGUAGUGAGGUUGCUUGGAAGCCAGGCAUUCAAACCUCUAUUUCCAGCCCUGCAAAAACAUUGAACUUAGCACAUAGAAAUCAGAAAAAUGAAUUUCAGAAACUCCAUUUGAUUUUUCUGAUGUUGUGUCUUUUUGAGGCUGUAAUGUGGUACACUGUCCUUUAUAAGGGACAUCCUCUUAUAGUCAUCAUUUUGUCUCUGCCUCACUUGUUUUGUGGUGGAAGAUCAAGUCCGUUUGACUGCACUCUGCGCAGUAGCUAGAAUGACAACAUUGCUUCGAGAAACCAGGGCAUUUGGAUUUCUAAACUAUGAAAUCAAUAACAGAAUGUCUGGAAAUUUGUAUGAAUUAAAGGAGCCGUGUCGACCAUUCGCAAAUAUUUAUUAAUCAAAACAGAUGUGCUUAUUGUGAUAAACUGAAAAUAAAUGACAGGUGCUCAUUUGUCCAUGGAACACACACACACAGGAGACGGAAGUUCAGCUCGCCCACUGGUGGUGAUGAAUUGAAAAUGAAGUGUGAUGAAAUAAAUGUGUGGAAAUCUUACUGAA